UUUCCAAAUUAAUCACACAACUGAAAAAACACAAAAAUAAUUAAUAAACUUCCUAUAAAACUACUGUAUCAUUGUUAAGCAUUUUGGCAGGCUAAAAAAACAGAACCGACACUAUGAGCUCAGGACCAUUACUUGAGAGCUUCAAAUCUGGACAUGAAGAAGUAGAUUCUGAGCUUGAAGAAAUACUCACGGAUACAAGUUCGUCCCCGUUUAAUCGGCUUAAAUCCGCGUCAAGAGUUGAACUGAGAUUGCUGUUCAAGCUUGCUGCUCCGGCAAUAGUAGUUUACUUGCUCAACAAUGUUGUUUCCAUGUCUACACAAAUCUUUUGUGGUCACCUCGGAAACCUUGAACUUGCUGCUGUCUCUCUUGGCAACACUGGUAUCCAACUUUUCGCGUAUGGUCUUCUGCUUGGCAUGGGAAGCGCGGUGGAAACACUCUGCGGCCAAGCUUACGGAGCUCAAAAAUACGAAAUGUUAGGCAUAUAUCUUCAAAGAUCAACAGUACUUCUAAUGGCAACAGGAAUCCCUCUAACUUUAAUCUACCUCUUCUCCAAACCCAUCUUGAUCCUGCUCGGCGAACCUGUCGCCAUAGCCUCAGCCGCCGCAGUUUUUAUUUACGGACUAAUCCCUCAAAUUUUCGCAUACGCCGCGAAUUUUCCAAUUCAAAAAUUUCUCCAAUCACAAAGCAUAAUUGCCCCAAGUGCAUACAUAUCACUUGCUGCACUUCUUGUGCACCUUUUGUUCUCCUGGCUAGCCGUGUUCAAGUGGAAUUGGGGGCUACUCGGUGCAGCCUUGGUCCUGAGUAUGUCGUGGUGGAUCAUUGUAGUGGCUCAGUUUAUUUACGUCGUGACGAGCCGGAGGUGUCGGGAUACAUGGAGAGGUUUUAGCCUGCAGGCAUUUUUUGGUGUGUGGGGUUUUUUUAAAUUGUCUGCUGCUUCUGCUGUAAUGCUGUGCUUGGAGACUUGGUACUAUCAAAUUUUGGUUUUAAUUGCGGGGUUGCUUGAUAAUGCUGAGAUUCAAUUGGAUUCCCUCUCUGUUUGCAUGACAAUAUCAGGAUGGGUGUUCAUGAUUUCAGUUGGAUUUAAUGCAGCUGCCAGUGUAAGAGUGAGCAAUGAGCUAGGAGCAGGACACCCAAAAUCAGCAGCAUUUUCAGUAAUUGUGGUGACAGUAUGCUCAUUCAUAAUUUCCGUAAUAGCAGCUGUAGUUGUCAUGGCAUUCCGUGAUGUUCUCAGCUACGCUUUCACGGGUGGCGAAGUUGUUGCCAGAGCAGUCUCCGAUCUCACUCCAUUUUUGGCUGUUACUCUCAUUCUUAACGGCGUUCAGCCUGUUUUAUCCGGGGUGGCGGUUGGAUGUGGAUGGCAAGCAUUUGUGGCGUAUGUAAAUGUUGGAUGUUAUUAUGUGAUUGGUGUUCCUCUAGGGGUGCUUCUUGGCUUUAAGUUCAAUCUUGGUGCUAAGGGGAUAUGGACGGGAAUGAUUGGAGGUACAUUCUUGCAAACUAUCAUUUUGGUAUGGGUCACUUACCGAACCGACUGGAACAAAGAGGUGGAAAACGCAAGGCAACGACUCAUGACAUGGGAAAAUGGAAAAACAACUGUUUUGGAGAACUAAGCCAAAUCAUUUAUAUUAAUUUAUUGUAUAACAGAUCUGCAUAAGAUUAAUUUUCGAGCAAGAAAGAAAAUUGAAAUUACUAUCAAUUACACAUAUUAUGCCAUUUCUAGUGCAA